CUGACUUCCCUUUAGCAACGGAGUGGCGGCUCUUGGUUCCCUAGCAACCGGGUGACGCUUCUGCUGAGACCCAGCAGAGUAGCAGGCGCUUGAUAAGGAAAGAUGAACCGACUGUACAACUCAAUGGAGCCCAGAGUGAUGGACGACAACAUGCUCAAGCUGGCUGUUGGGGAGCAGGGACCACGGCAGGAGGCUGGGCAGCUGGCCAAGCAAGAGGGCAUCCUCUUCAAGGAUGUCCUGUCUCUGCAGCUGGACUUCAAGAACAUCCUCCACAUUGACAACCUUUGGCAGUUUGAGCACUUGAGGAAGCUACAGCUGGACAAUAACAUCAUUGAGAGGAUUGAGGGCCUGGAGAACCUCACACACCUCGUCUGGCUGGACCUAUCCUUCAACAACAUUGAGACCAUCGAGGGGCUGGACACACUGGCGAAUCUGGAGGACCUGAGCUUGUCCAGCAACCGGAUUGCCAAGAUUGACUCUCUGGAUGCCCUCGUCAAGCUGCAGGUGCUGUCGCUGGGCAACAACCAGAUCUGCAACAUGAUGAACAUCAUCUACCUGCGGCAGUUCAAGGCCCUGCGGACACUCAGCCUCUCUGGGAACCCCAUUGCCGAGGAAGAGGAUUAUAAGAUGUUCACCUGUGCCUACCUUCCUGACCUCAUGUACCUGGACUUCAGGCGCAUCGAUGACCACAUGAAAGAGCUGGCAGCGAUCAAGCACCAGUACAGCAUUGAUGACCUGAAGCACCAGGAGAACCUCACUCAGGCCUGGCGGGAGGAAGAGCAGGCCCGGCGGGAGGAUCUGGAGGAGCACAAGGCUGCGUUUGUCGAGCACCUGAAUGACUCCUUCCUGUUUGACAGCAUGUACGCUGAGGAUGUGGAGGGCAACAAGCUGGAUUGCCUGCCUGGUGUCAGGGAGCUCUUUGAGACCUACAAGGACAAAUUUGUCAUCAUCUGCCUGAACAUUUUUGAGUAUGGCCUGAAACAGCAGGAGAAGCGGAAAGCGGAGCUUGACUCCUUCAACGAGUGCAUCCAGGAGGCCAUCCAGGAAAACCAGGCGCAGGGCAAACACCGGAUUGCCCAGUUCGAGGAGAAGUACUUGCUGAGUUUAAGUGCCAUUCAAGAUGAGUCUGAACUGACCAACAUCGAGAAGAAGAUAGAGGAAUACAGCGAGGACAUCACUGAGCUGUUCAAUGUGCUCAUGACGCUGGAGGUGCAGUUAGUGGAGCAGCUGGAGGAGACUAUAAACAUGUUUGAAAGGAACAUCAUUGACUUAGUGGGACUCUUCAUUGAAAACGUCCAAAGCCUGAUGGCUCAGUGCCGGGACUUGGAGAACCACCACCACGAGAAGCUCCUGGAGAUCUCCAUCAACACUCUGGAAAAGAUAGUGAAGGGCGAGCUCGAGGAAGACCUGCCAGACGGCUUGCGCGCGCUUUUUGUCAACAAAGACACAAUUGUUAAUGCUGUUGGGGCAUCGCAUGACAUCCACCUCCUGAAGAUUGACAAUCGAGAAGAUGAGCUGGUGACCAGGAUCAACUCUUGGUGUACAAACUUAGUGGACAAGGUGCUGAGGAGCAAAACAGGGGAGCCCCCAGUCCCCAGCACAGCACGAGGGUCUGGGCCAGCCCACAAAGGAGCUCCAACCUUGACUGCAGGGACCUGAGGGCCCUCUGGAGGUAAAGGGUAUAGGCUGGCCCUCCCAUGCCACCUCUGCAGCCUGAGCUUCCUCUAUGAAGUGGGAUGUGACAGUGCCUCCUCUGGGCCAAGGGGUCAUGGGAAGCACAUGGAUAGUGUGGCUAGUGCCCCACCAAAGAGGUGAUGCCUCUUCAUUACU